AUGUCCACCUCGCCACGCCGCGCAGCAGACCCGUGGCUCCUCCCGAACACCCCCGAGCACCUCGCAAACACGACCACUCCCGCCGAUGCGCCCCCUCCGCCUGCACCCCUUCCUCGUCCCGGCGAGAGCGUAGAGACCAUGCGCGCCAGGCUCGUGUACCAGUCGCGCAAGCGGGGCACCCUCGAGAGCGACCUGCUGCUCAGCACGUUCGCAAAGGAGCAGCUCGGCGUGAUGGAUGAGGCGGAGUUGAAGGAGUUUGACAAGCUCAUGGACGAGCCUGACUGGGAUAUCUACUACUGGGCAACCAACAAGAGGACUCCGCCCGAACGGUGGGCCAGCUCGCCGCUGCUAGAGAAGUUGCGCGUGCACGUCAAGAACGAAGGCAAGGUCGUUCGUCGCAUGCCCGAAUUGUAG